ACUUUAUCGACAUGUUAAAAGGUUUAGUACCUGGUAAAUUGGUAUCAUUACUCAACAAUAUCUUUGCUGACGUUGGCAUCACCAAGGCUUUACUCUCCUCACUAUAUUAUGACCUUUUUCACACUAUCUGGACUAUUUGGACUCAAAGGUGUGAUUCAUUUGAAAAAUGGAAAUUGUAUCGAAGUAUCAACAAUGACUAUAAAUCUGAUCCCAAUCUUUGGGUUACCUCUGGUUUCCCAUCAUCAUCACAUAUCAUACCCCCUGUUUCUCCAUUCUUUUUCACCCAUUCGGUUAAUUUUGAUUCUCAUUGGUCAAAUUUUGGUCAGGAAGUAAUCACCUCCUGCUAG